UCGUCCUCAACCAUAAUAUCUCCAUACAUGGUACUUAGGCUCGUCAUUGUUCGGUCGCUUGCUGCCAACUUUCUACUUUGUCAUGCGGCUGUUCAUUCAUAUCGCUUGCCCCGACAGCUUUUGAUUGACGCGCAACGCACCACAUCCCGCAACCUUUGAACGUCACAACUUACAUACCUAGACGAACCCACAAAGUCCCUGCAUAUGAUUGACCGGUCUUGACGGCGGCCGCCGCGGCCUAUCGACCCCCGAAUCCGGGUUCAUUGGCUACAUUCCAAGCCCUGAGCUAGUUGACAUUGCUUGCUACCAGGCAGACAAGAAAAAAGAACAAGCGCCUUGACCGCGCAGACGACUUCGAAAGACAUCACAAUAUACUGGGCUCCUUCGUGUGCCUUCUUUUGCGCUAUUGCGUACUUGCUCAGUCGCCGCUGGGUGCGCCCAGAGGUGCUCCAAACCUGUUUGCGAGUGGUGGAUCAUUGAUUAACGAUUUCGACCGAGCAUCUAUCAACCUUGAGCUUACAGCGCUGCCGAACCACAAUGAUGAAGACUACGAUACCAAAGCGCUUCCUGACCUUACGCGACAGGGAUCGCCAUGGAGGCGCGCAUCGACGAAGCAAGUCGACGGAGCCAGGGUCCAAGUCACGUUCCUCUGCCGCCGACACCCUCUUGUCCAUGUUUAACAGGGAUCGCUCGGGAAACAAUUCUGCCAAGGCAAAGGAGGAGGAGGAGGAAAAGGAACAUAUAAAAAUGGAGGAACUUAUGAACUGGGUUGAAGAGGAAAACAUAGAUGUCACUCCGGACCAAGUUCGGAAUGCGCUCGCAUCCAACUACGCCUCGGGCAACGUCGCUGCAGCCAAGGAGCUCCUCAGAUUUCAAUGGGAAGCUCUCGAUGGUACGAUACGGUCGUACGACCCGGAUGUGGCGAUGCUUGGCGCCGAGAAUCGAGGGGCAGUUACGUGCUACCUGGAUUCGUUACUGUUUGCCAUGUUUGCCAAGAUGGAGGCUUUCGAAUGCAUGCUCACUCGGCGCGAGUACCCCAAUGAAGCACAACAGAAGCUGUCGGUGCUUCUGAGACUCUGGGUCAACCUUUUACGAAGCGGGAAGCUGAUACGGGCGGAGAUGGUUGAAGAUGUACAGGAUGCACUCGCUGCAUGCGGCUGGGCGGAUGCAAAGCUCCUGGAGCAACAAGACACAUCAGAGGCGUUUGCCUUUAUUACAGAAACAUUACAACUGCCGUUACUGACCUUACAGGUUGAUUUAUUUCACCAAGGUAAAGGCGACGCAGAUGAUCACAAAGUUGUUUUCGAGAGGUUAUUAAACCUCGCAGUCCCGGCUGAUCCCGAAGGAAAGGGUGUGAAGCUAGAAGACUGCUUAGAGGAGUAUUUCAACACUCGGGUCGAUGUUCUGCGGGACAGGCCAGAUGAUAAAAAAGGCUUCGAUAUCAGAUUGGAGGAAGAGCCCAUCAGCUUGACGGAAAGUCCCGUCGAUGUGCCAACCCCGAAAAGGGGCAACACAUUAGGUCCACACAAUACGAUUAGGCUCGUGACCGACCGCGACGAGGACGAUGAAGAUCAAAUAAGCGAAGAAGACAGGCUCGACGAGAUUACGCCAUUGCAGCGCCGCUGGUCUAACCUAGAGGAAGUGGGAGGGUCCUCAUCAGCGACGCCAACGACAGAACGACCCGUGACACGGCCUUCUGCUCGGUUACGUUCCACCAGCAUAAUACAACGUGUUGUGUUGGAUGCUCAGGGAAACCCUACGGAUGCGGAUGCUUCAACAUUAUUACAAAAAGUUAAGAGGCAGGGGUCAACGGUUGUGAAGGCAGUAACAAUACCGGCGUGGCAGUUCUUCAAGUUGAUACCCUGGCACUCUGCCGGUAAGGACGAGCCACUGAAUGAUACCGACGUCGCAAAGCACCUCAACAACCGUCCCGUAGUGGGCAUCUGUUUAAAGAGGUACAUGAUGACGGAAGCGGGUCAGCCUCGCAGACAAAACACAUUUAUAGACAUCCCUGAUAGCAUGAGGCUACCGCACUUUAUGCUGGUUAAUGAUGCUACCGUCGAGGAGUCUAAUGGACUCAGCGCAGAGUUCAAGCUUGUGUUGCAGUCUGUCGUAUGUCACCGCGGCGAUUCGCUACACAGCGGGCAUUACGUUGCAUUUUCCAGAGUGGCACCAAAGCUACUAACGGAUAACCGGAGGCAUGAUGCUGAUCCUCCACCAGACUAUGAAGAUGCGCAAUGGGUCAAGUUUGAUGACCUAUUGGAUGAAAGGGUCACCUACGUGGAUGACAUCAAGCAGUCGCUCAAGGACGAGAUGCCCUACCUCUUGUUCUACCAGAUUGUACCCAUGGUGGAUUACUCGUCAGCAACUACAGGGCAGGCAACGGUAGUAAUGGACGACCAAACUAAAGGCGCUGUUAUGCCACCUUCCUACAACGAUUCGACUGUCAACAUCGCCACGACAACUGCCUCAUCGUACUCACCAACUUCGGAUAGCGAACGGCCUGAUAAUUCUAGACGGACUAGUGGGUAUUUCGACACGACCACGACGGCAACUUCGACGACUGGACCCAGCAUAGGAUUUUAUACAGACCUCGAUCGACCACCUCGGCCUAGUAUGGACAUGGAAUCCCUUGGGAAUAGCAGCACCUUUGGAGAGAGUUAUCUCAAACCUAGCACAUCUCGGCGUGGCAGCAUGCCCUUCUCGGAUGGAUCUGGGAUCUUGGUCAGCGACUCCUCGCAGCCUCCGCAGCAACAAUCACCCGUCGUCACACCUUCCGAGGGACGAUUGGCCAAGGCAGCCGCAAUGUUCAAGCCGAAGGACAAGGAUCGAGAGCGGGAAAGGGAGAGGGAACCCAAGGAGCAUGGGGAAAGGCGAGGCAGCCGACCGGCCAGCCAGGCGGGUGAGGGACGAAUGAGCCUUACAAUGUCAAGGCUGGGUGGAUUGAUGCUUCGAACCAGCAAAGAGCCGCUUCGGGAGAUUCCAGUGGCACCGUCCAGUGAUCAAGAUCCAUACGAGGACCAGCUUCCCUCGUCGCAACACCUUGAGAUGCAGCCAAACCAGCAACAGCAAGCGGCAGAUGGCACAUCUAAGGACUGCAAGGAAAAUUACAAUGGGCGGAAGGAUACCAAGGAUAAAGGAAGAGGGAAGCACUAUCACCACAUGCACCGCAAAAGCGCGGGUGGCGAGCCGGAGCGGGAGUGCGUUGUCAUGUAGGUGGGAUCAAGAAAGGAGAUGUCUUGCAUCAGCGGGUAGUUGGCUUGUUUUUAAUUGGUGUCUGUUGAUUUGGGUUCGUAAGACUGGGAAACAGGCUACGCUUUGAGUUUCCGGGUUUGUAUAGAUUUGCUCCUCGUCUGUGGGUUGUUUCUUGUUGGAGUUGAGGUAAUGCCGGUGCGUGGCAUUUGUCUUCAUGUUCAUGUCACAAAGGGGGCGAUACACGGAAUGAGACAAAAGGAACUGCAUUGGGUUAGGAUAAACGGCGUUUUGGCAUCAAAUAUACCCCUUUCUUUCAGAUAGAAGGAUAUUAAGAAUGGAUCUGGAAACAAUAACAUGUGUUG